AUGCGAGUUGUUAAAUAUCUAGGCCUAGGGGCUGCCUGGGCCAGCGCGGUCCACGCAGCCCUCACAGCAACAGAGGACGACAAAUCCAUCACCCUCGAAAACAACCGACUGCGAGCCAUUUUCGACAAGACUAAGGGCAGCAUCGUCGAUAUAUACCUCGACGGCCAAGACCUGCUCGGCGAGCAGGAUGGCUCCACCGGUAUUGGACCGUACCUCGACUGCUACUGCACGCCAUCCGGCUUCUAUACCGCCGGGUCAACAAACCCCCUAACCGAGCUGGUGCAGGGUACAGACUCGACGGGGACGGAAUACGCAGGAAUCAUUCUCAACGAUACAUAUACACCGACGGGCCAGGAAUUCCAGCAAUACUGGUUCCUGCGAGAUGGCGAGACCGGGUUCCACAUGUUCAGCCGCCUGGCGUACUACAACGAGACGACGCCGUUUCUGCGGAACCUGCAGGAGUUCCGGACGCUGCUGCGCCCGAAUACGGAUCUGUGGACGCAUCUGAGCUCGAGUGAUAUUCAGACUGCGCCGCUGCCGAGUGAGGAGGCGAUUGCCGAGCAGACGGAUGUGCAGGAUGCGACUUGGAGGUUUAAUAAUACGCCGGGUGAUGCGUACUAUAAACAGUUCUCGGAGUACUUUACAAAGUAUACGUUCUCUAACCAAUGGCGAGAUAAUGACGUCCACGGGAUGUACGCCGAUGGGUCUACCACGAACGGCACUACAUACGGAGCGUGGCUGGUAAUGAACACAAAGGAUACAUACUAUGGAGGCCCGUUACACUCCGACCUCACCGUCGACGGCAUCGUCUACAACUACAUUGUAUCGAACCACCAUGGCGAAGGCACCCCAAACAUCACAAACGGCUUCGACCGCACAUUCGGCCCACAGUUCUAUCUUUUCAACGGCGGAAAGUCCGCUUCUUUGGAGAAACUCCGCGAUGAAGCUAGAGGCAUCGCACGGCCUGACUGGAACGUGGAAUUCUACGACUCCAUCGCAAAGCACGUUAUCGGAUACAUUCCAUCUUCCCAGCGAGGCAGCGUCAAAGGGUCCAUCAAGCUCCCUCAGGAUGCUAGAAAUGCAAUUGCCAUUCUCACAGUGGACGGGCAGUAUUUCCAGGACAACUCUGCAGUCCCUUCAUCGUAUCAAUACUGGGCUGAGAUCGACAAGAACGGCCACUUCAGCAUCGACCAUGUAGCAGAGGGCAAAUACCGACUCACCAUAUACGCAGAAGGCAUCUUCGGCGACUUCACCCGGGACGGCAUCGUCGUCAAAGCAGGCAAACCAAACACCAUCAAGGAGAAAUGGACCGCCGAGUCCGCAGGAACCGAAAUCUGGCGCCUCGGAACCCCCGAUAAAUCAUCUGGCGAGUUCCGGCGCGGCCUCGCCCGGGACAGCACACACCCCCUCCAGCCACCAGAGUACUUAAUCUACUGGGGCGCAUACGACUGGACCUCCGACUUCCCCGACGGAAUCGACUACACGAUCGGGGAAAGCGAUCCAGCGCUCGACUUCAACACCGUGCACUGGUCCGUCUUCGGUCCAACGGCCGAUAACCCCGUCGCGGAAUACAACACCACGCAUGAUUGGAAGAUCCGAUUCCCCUUGACAGCAAAGCAACUGCAUGCGCGCAAAACAGCAACGCUGACGAUCCAGCUCGCCGGGGCCAAAGCCGCGUCGGGAAACACCGAUGUUUAUAACGCAUCAGAGCCAUACGCGAAUCUCCCGCUGGAGAGCUACAUUAAUGACCACGAGGAACCGCUGACGAUGCUCAUCGGGUUUAACCAGUCGAGUAGCUGUAUUGUGCGCUCGGCUGUUAGUUGUUACCAGGUGCGCUCGCGACUGGAGUUCCCGGUUGAGUGGUUGAAGGUUGGGGAGAAUUUGUUGACGCUGCAUCUUCCGUAUAAUGCGACGGAUACGGAGACGGCGGUGUUGCCGGCGAGUGUGUAUGUGCAGUAUGAUGCGUUGCGGUUGGAGGUUAAAUAG